GGGCUAUACUUUUGAUGGGCUGACGAGGCGAGGGAAUUCCGAAAUUCCAAAGGCGACUCUGAAUCUGAAAGGGGAAAAGAAAAGAGAAGAGAUCGGAAAGAGAAAGAUGCACUUAAGCGAGAAUGAAGGCAUAGAGGACAACACGUUCGUAGUUACCGGUGGACUCGGAUUUGUCGGCUCUGCUCUAUGCUUGGAGCUUGUUCGCAGAGGUGCUCACCAGGUCCGAGCCUUUGAUCUUCGACCCUCUUCUCCUUGGUCCAAUCUUCUCAAUCGCAAAGGCGUUCUCUGCGUUCAAGGGGAUGUUACCCGAAAAGAAGAUGUUGAAAGUGUCCUGCGUGGGGCGGAUUGUGUUUUCCACCUGGCCUCCUUCGGUAUGUCUGGGAAAGAGAUGCUGCAAUUUGGUCGUGUUGACGAGGUCAAUAUCAACGGGACUUGCCACAUUUUGGACGCUUGUGUUCUCCAUGGCAUCAAAAGGCUUGUCUAUGUUAGCACAUACAAUGUUGUCUUUGGCGGUAAGGAGAUUAUCAACGGAAACGAGACUUUGCCUUAUUUCCCAAUCGAUGACCAUGUUGAUCCAUAUGGGCGCAGUAAAUCAAUAGCUGAACAGUUGGUUCUAAAGAACAAUGGCCGCCCUUUUAGGAAUGGGAAUGGGAGUUUUUACACCUGCGCCGUGCGUCCAGCUGCAAUCUAUGGGCCAGGUGAAGAAAGGCACCUUCCAAGGAUCAUAACCAUGGCAAAGUUGGGUCUGUUGCUAUUCAGAAUCGGCGACCAUAGUGUCAAGUCAGAUUGGGUUUAUGUGGACAAUCUGGUACUUGCUCUUAUACUGGCAAGUAUGGGACUUUUAGAUGAUAUUCCUAGAAAAGGAAAGCACCCUAUCGCUGCUGGCCAGUCAUACUUUGUAUCUGAUGGUUCUCCGGUUAAUACUUUUGAAUUCAUUCAACCUCUUGUUAGAAGCUUGGGCUAUGAACUACCAAAGACUUCCUUAUCUGUGGAUCACGCUCUUUUGCUUGCAAGGUUUUUCUGGGGACUCUAUACAAUCUUAUACCCGUGGCUGAACCUGCGGUGGCUUCCUCAGCCACUUAUCCUUCCGUCUGAAGUACACAAGGUGGGGGUUACCCAUUAUUUCUCCUACCUUAAAGCCAAGGAGGAAAUUGGUUAUGUUCCCAUGGUUACUCCUCGAGAGGGGAUGGCUUCAACCGUAUCAUACUGGCAAGAGAGGAAAAAGAUAUGGCUAGAUGGGCCAACAAUCUACACAUGGCUAUUUGUUGUCCUUGGAAUGAUCUCACUAUUCUGUGCUGUGUGCUUGCCCGACGUAGGAUUUGUGCCACAUCUCAGAUCCCUCACCGUUUUCAUAUUGCGCUCAAUGUGGUGCGCCAAGCUGGUGUUUUAUCUAGCCGUAGCUGCGCAUGUUUUUGAGGCCUUUUAUGCUUGGAACCUGGCCAAAAGGGUGGACCCUGCAAAUGCAAAGGGUUGGUUCUGGCAGACUUUAGCCCUUGGGUUCUUUUCGUUGCGUUUUCUGUUGAAGAAAGCAAGGAAAUAACCUUUGAGUUCUACUUUUCGUUGCGUUUUCUGUUGGAUAAAACAAGGAAAUAAGCUCGGACAUCCUUAUAUGCCCUCACUGAUAAAUUCUUACUGCAGGUAAUACACUAGGCCGGUAAGGCCCAGCCCUUUUUUUGACGGGUUUGGGAUGACAAAAUGCCAACCCGCUAUCUAGAGCACUUUGCUACAGGCUAACCCCCGGGUUGGGGAAAUAGCCCACUUUUUUCUUUUAAAAAAAAUAAUUUUCAUGUAUUUCCCAAUAUAACAUAGUUAGAGGAUUUUGUCUUUCAAAUUUUACGUGCACAUUGUCCCAUUCAUGUAAUUAUAUAUAUAAUUAAACACUAUAUAUAUGUAGUUUAAAGAGUAUUGUUUAUCUUUUAUUUUUUA